UAGAACUCACCCAUAUUGCAAGAAUGGAAACCCAAGCUCCCACUCUUCCUCUUCUUACUCCUUACAAGUUGGGAAAGUUUGAUCUCUCUCACAGAGUUGUUUUAGCACCAUUGAAUAGGAUGAGAUCAUACGGAAACGUUCCCCAGCCACAUGCCAUCUUAUAUUACUCUCAGAGAUCAUCCCAAGGGGGUCUUCUUAUAACUGGAGCCACUGGAGUUUCUGACACAGCACAAGGGUAUCCAAAUACUCAUGGUAUAUGGAAAAAGGAGCAAGUUGAAGCAUGGAAACCCGUAGUCGAUGCUGUACAUGCUAAAGGGGGUAUCUUCUUCUGUCAGAUUUGGCAUGUGGGGAGGGUUUCAAAUAGGGGCUUUCAGCCGAAUGGGCAAGCUCCAAUCUCUUCUACUGACAAGCUCCUAAUCCCCGAGAUACCUGAUAAUGGCAUCGAUGAGGCGCAAUUCACACCUCCAAGACAGUUAAGGACAGACGAAAUUCCUGUGAUUGUCAAUGAUUUCAGACUUGCUGCAAGGAAUGCAGUGGAAGCUGGCUUUGAUGGGGUUGAAAUUCAUGGCGCCCAUGGCUAUCUAAUUGAUCAGUUUUUGAAAGAUCAAGUAAAUAAUCGAACAGACCAAUAUGGUGGAUCUCUAGAAAAUCGUUGCCGAUUUGCACUAGACAUUGUUGAAGCUGUUGUAGACGAGAUAGGAGCAGAUAAAGUUGGAAUUAGAUUAUCUCCAUUUGCCGACUAUAUGGAAUCAGGAGAUUCGAAUCCAAAGGAGUUGGGACUCUAUCUAGCCAAAGCCUUGAACAAAUAUGGAAUCCUGUACUGCCACAUGGUUGAGCCAAGAAUGAAGACUGUUGGAGAAAAGUUUGAAACUCCAGACAGUCUUGUUCCCAUGAGAAAGGCUUUUAAUGGUACCUUCAUUGCUGCUGGUGGUUAUGACAGGGAAGAUGGGAACAAUGCUGUGGCUGAGGGCCGUGCAGAUCUUGUAGCUUUUGGUCGUUUGUUCUUGGCUAAUCCAGAUUUGCCAAAGAGAUUUGAGCUUAAUGCUCCUCUAAACAAGUACAUCCGAGAUACAUUUUACGUACCUGAUCCAGUCCUUGGUUACACUGAUUAUCCAUUUCUUGACAGCACUGCUUGAGUGCCCAGUCGAGUUUGGAAGGUUAAACUCUCUUAUAUUCUAUUCAUGCAGUUGUCUGCAGGCUUAGAAUUUUCUUGUUAUCAAGUUACAUAGGCCGGUAGAAUUAAUCUAAUAACCCGAUUUUUCGGAACGAUUUUUUUAUUGCUUUUAAAUUUAUAAAAUUUGUGAAAAUC